UCUUCGUUGAACCACAACAAAGUGAAAUGAUGAGGCUGGAUUUUAGAGAGGCAUUUGGCAUUUGUAAAACUUGUAUUACUGGCGUUUUAUUAUAUCCGCUGAUAAAAUUUUUACAAUGUCAAGAAGACGAUCCAUCGUUUUUAGAGGCACUUUUGUAUUUUCUUGGAUUAGAAGAACGAGUUUACAAAUGUCGCAGUGGAAAUGAGGUGUGGAAGCCACUGAUAUUACUAAUCAUAAUAGAACUUGUGUGGAUAGUUCUUAUUCUAACGGAACCCAGCAGGCCACUGCGCAAAAUCAAGUCCGAAGCUUUCAAAUUUAACAAGGAGGAAGAGAGUGCCAUCAAUGACUUUGUUACAGAAGCUGUGCAGAGCGCGCAACAAAGUCUAAUCGGCUGAUGAUCGUUGCUAUAGAACUUUUUAAAUUUAAAAUGAGCAUAAUUGUGUGAAUUGUCGAUUUAAAGAACUGACAGAUAAUUAAUAUUUUGUAAAUUAAUCUGAAGAAUUUCAAUUCAAUAA